CCCUUUUCACUUCUUCCCAAUUUCCUUCUCCAAUUCUUCUCUUUUUCUUUUCUCCGGCGACCUUCGCCGGAAUCUCAUCGGAAAGCUCACCGGAACAAUAAAUCUUCCAGAUAACUAUACUCAACUUCCAAAAUUCAACAUUUUCAACAUUGUUACUUCAAAUUCUUCAAGAAACACAGUCCCAACAAACCCUUUUGGAGAUUUUCUUUCUUCUUAUUCACUUCAUCAAUGCCAUUGAAAAGUGAUUAAUCUUUGACCCUUUUGAGAGAAUUUCAAAUUUUCAAAUUCAAAAUCAUAACUUUCCUUCUGGGGGGGUCUUCAUUCUCCAACUUACGUGGAUGCAACUUAAAUGUAAUUUAAUGCUUUGAUUGUUGAAGAUUGAAGAAGAGUGAAGCUCAAGCAAGUAAUUGGAAUGUGCGAAAAAAUCGAAGUUAAAUAAAAAUCAAUGAUGUUGUUGAGGUUGUCAAAAGUAUCUGAUGGAAAAAGUGAUCACUGUGAUAGUGAGGAAAUGGAAAUGGGAUUCAAUGUUUUGAGUGGUGAUGAAGUUGUGAAAUCUAAGAGGUUUGUUGUAAAGCCUAGGAUCAAAGUGUGGAUGGCACGUGCUAUUACUACUGUGAUUCUUUGGACUAGUGUUGUUCAGUUGAUUGCAAUUGGAGAGUUUUGGGGUCCAAAGUUGUUGAAGGGUAUGCCUUAUUGUUUCAGUCACCAAGAUGCAUCUUCAUCUGUAGAUGUAGCAAAGGAUAGUGUUUCAGCUAAGGUUGCGCUUCCGCCAAAAAGGAUUUAUAAGAAUAAUGGUUAUCUUAUGGUUUCAUGCAAUGGAGGACUCAAUCAAAUGCGAGCAGCAAUAUGCGACAUGGUUGCUAUUGCAAGACAUUUAAAUGUCACUCUCAUUGUUCCAGAGCUUGAUAAAUCGUCUUUCUGGGCUGAUCCAAGUGAGUUCCAAGACAUAUUUGAUGUAGAUAAUUUCAUUGCAUCUUUGAGAGAUGAAGUUAGAAUAUUAAAGGAACUACCACCUAGGCUCAAGAGAAGAGUUGAAUUAGGAAUGUCUUACUCAUUGCCCCCGAUUAGUUGGUCGGAUAUUUCGUACUACGAAAAACAGAUUCUUCCUCUCAUACAGAAACACAAGGUUGUGCACCUAAAUAAGACCGAUGCUCGACUUGCUAACAAUGGAUUACCUAUUGAGAUUCAAAAGUUGAGAUGCCGUGUAAAUUUUAAUGCGUUGAGGUUUACUUCUCAGAUAGAACAACUUGGUAGAAAGAUAGUGAGGAUUUUGAGGGAAAGAGGACCUUUUCUUGUACUUCAUCUUAGAUAUGAGAUGGAUAUGUUGGCUUUCUCUGGCUGCACUCAUGGAUGUGAUAGCAGUGAGGUUGAGGAACUCACAAGAAUGAGAUAUGCUUAUCCUUGGUGGAAGGAAAAAGUCAUAAAUUCCGAACUUAAGAGGAAAGACGGUUUAUGUCCUUUAACACCUGAGGAAACUGCUCUAAUACUGAAAGCACUAGAUAUAGAUCAAAAUAUUCAAAUUUAUAUUGCUGCUGGAGAAAUAUUCGGUGGAAAGAGAAGAAUGGCACGUUUACGAGCUACUUAUCCUAACUUGGUAAGGAAGGAAACUCUGCUGGAACCUUCAGAUUUGAUGUAUUUCCAAAACCACUCAUCACAAAUGGCUGCGUUGGAUUACCUUGUGUCUCUAGAGAGUGAUAUAUUUGUUCCAACAUAUGAUGGAAACAUGGCUAAGGUUGUUGAAGGCCAUAGAAGGUUCCUAGGUUUCAAAAGGACUAUACUCCUGGAUAGAAAGCAUCUGGUGCCCCUCAUAGAUCUAUAUAUGAAUAAGUCAUUAAGUUGGGAUGAAUUUUCCAUUAAGGUGAAGAAAUCUCAUGCCAAGAGGAUGGGAAACCCAAAAAGAAGAGUUAUCAUCCCAAAUAGACCAAAAGAAGAAGACUAUUUUUAUUCCAACCCUCAUGAAUGCUUGCCACUUCAAGAGGACCUAUAGAGAAUCGCAUUAUCUUAGCUAAAGGCAUGCCUCUAAUUUAUUCAUAGUCCUCUUUACACGCUAUUCUUCACUACAAUCACAAUGGUUUAAAUAUGUUUAUAGUCCUGCAGAUUCAAUUAUGUCUUCUUCUUAGUACAUGCGGAACACUUUUUUGGUCGUGAUCUUUGAAAAAUCGGAAGAUUAGUUUUUUGUCCUCAAUAUUUAGUUUUUUAGUCCAUUUAAUGUUUAGUUCAUGUUAAAUUAGUCCUUUGUAAUGGUUCUCUUCCCUAAAAUAUGACAUUAACUCCUUUUUACAUGGACUAAUUCAACAUGAUUCAAAUAUUACAAGAACUAAAACAAAAUAAUGAUGACUAAAAACAAUAUUUGAAGAGGUAGUAAAACAUAUUUAUAGCAUAUAAAUUUUAUGUUUUGAGGAACAAGUUUUAUGUUAUUUAAAGCAAUAGCAAAGUGGAGUUGUAUCUUGUACAUUAUUAUAAAGAAAAGCAAAAGAUAGAUCACUUUUACAAUAA